UUCUUAAGUUUUUUCGCAAAGAUAUGUAGACUUCAAACUUCUUGGUAACGACGGCACUCUUCACUCUUCACUCCUCAGUCCAAUACGGUACUUAAUUUUAAUAAUUACUUUGAGUCUACGCUUGCACUAUUAGACGUAAACUCUGUUGAAUGCUGACGUAGCGUUUUCCGAACUUUCUUUAUUUGACAGUGCAAGCAGUUUCUCCGUUACUUUCUUUUUUCGAAUUACAUUAGUUAUAAAAUUUUAACAGGGACAUGUCAAAAAUAAUAUGUUUGUUUGAUGUUGAUGGUACACUAACAGAACCUCAACAGGAAAUCAAUGUUAAUCUAGAUAAAUAUAUUCAAGAUAUAUUGAAAAAGCAAGUUGAUAUUGCUAUAGUUGGUGGUUCAGAUAUUAAUAAAAUUAAAUGUCAAUUGAACCAAGAAAAUUUAUUUAAAAAAUAUAACUAUAUUUUUGCUGAAAAUGGAUUAGUAGCUUAUAAAAAUAAUCAAAAAUUGCAAUCAGAGACUAUUCAAAGCGUAAUUGGUGAGGAGAAAUUACAAGAUUUUAUAAACUUUAUUCUUUGUUAUAUAUCUGAAUUGAAACUACCAUUUAAACGAGGUACCUUCAUUGAAUUCAGAACAGGGAUGUUAAAUAUUUCUCCUGUAGGGCGUAAUUGUACAAAAGAAGAACGCAAAAGAUUUAAUAAAUAUGACACAGAAAAUCAAAUUCGUGAAAAAUUCAUUCAAGCAAUAAAAAAAGAGUUUCCCCAUUUACUACUAACAUAUAGCAUAGGUGGAGAAAUUUCAUUCGAUGUUUUUCCAAAUGGGUGGGAUAAAACAUACUGCCUGCGUCACAUUGAAGGAUAUGAUGAAAUUCAUUUUUUUGGAGAUAAAACAAAAAUAGGUGGUAAUGACUAUGAAAUUUAUGAGAGUGACUUAACAAUAGGUCAUCGAGUAACAGGCCCAGCAGAUACUUUGAGACAACUUAAAAUAUUAAUUAAUUUGAUUAAUGAAAAAAAAAUGCAAAGAUAAAGCAAAUUUUCAAAUGCAAUGUGUAUAAUAAAAUAUUUUAUUAAUUAUUAAUCACAUAUUUUGAUGACAUGGUUUGCACUGUAGUAUACAUAAUAUU